AAUGGGAAAUGGUACUUGUAAACAAUAAUUUCCUUCUUUUGCUACAAUCAAUCAUAGUGAUCAAAAGUAACAUCUUCCAAAUUCCUAAUCUUAAAGUCCUACAAAACCUACCAUUGAUUCUAUCAAUCCAACUAUCGCUAAAAUAGAAGACGAGGGACCUAAUAUUAGUUUUGAAGGAGAGGUGGAUGAUUGCUCAAUAUCUAAACUAUCAUAAGUUGAAUCACCUACUAAAGAGAUUUCAAAAAAAAGGUACUCAUAUGAGGAUUAAUUUUUCCUUGAGUUAUUCUCUAAGGAUAAAACCUUUUUUAGAAGAUCAUCUCAAGGAUAAAGCAUUAGCCCUGUUAGAAUUAUAUCCACUUAACACUAAAAAAAUAAAACUUCAUUUAUUAUCGAACAUAAAGAACUAAUUAAAUUAAGAUAAGAAGAUGCAAAUGAAAUUUAUAUACCUAAAUCAAUACUUAAAUCCAGUUAUUGUUCUGAAAAAUCUUUUUCAAGUCAAUCAAAAAAAAAAGUUAAGUUUGGUUUGAUUUAUAAAUAAAUAUGA